AAGGGGAUAGGGGAUGGGGUAGUAGUGAGCUAGGGGGACGGUCCUGGUGGUGAGGUAAGAAAGGGAAUCGCAUCGUGAAACGAGCUCAGAGCGCGUGGUCAUUUCGUCAUCUCCUGCACUUCUUCAUAUAUUUCAAUUCCCGAUGAGAGAGCUGUUAGUAGUAAGUCUGUUGGAUUAAUUCAUUUGAGGGAUAGAGAGAGAGAGAGAGAGAGAGAAAGGGAGUCUCCACUCUCUACCUUUUGUUGGGUUGUACCCGAAAUCAAAUGCUCUGCUACUGCUCUUCUCCAUUGACGGAUCCUCUUUUUACUCUCCAGGGUCUGGACUCUCUCAGGGAUAUUAAGCUUUAGCUUUUUUUUCUCCUUCUUUUUCUUUUCCUGUUUUCCAUGAGUAUCUCAGUCACUGCGUUGCUGCUAAGGCUUCCAUAGUCUUUCUCAUCCUGAAUUUCUUUUCUUCUUUUUCACUUUCACUGUUUUGCUUUCUUUCUUGUAUCCAAAGUAGACAGAAAAAAAAAGGAAGCUCAGUAAUGGGUAGGGAGUGGUAUUGGAGCCGAUCCACGAAGAGAGUAGACAGGGAGAGCCCAGGAUGCAUCAGUGCUGUACUUCAAUUCUUUGAUUUCCAUCACUUUCCCUGUACACUGCAGCCACCUUCUUUCAAGGCCGACUCGUUUCUUCAAGAAGACCUCACUAUCCUCAAAGGUGUAGAAGCACCAAGGAACAGCUUGGAAUCAGAGGAAGAAUCCUUCAUGGGUUCUGCGUCAUUCUCAUCAAUCAUGAAAGAAGAAGACUCGGAUAUCCCGAUUGGAAUUCAACUCGGGACAAAACAGGUAACAGUAAGAGGAAGAGCAGCAGCUAAAGCUCGGAUGGAGGAAUUAUCAUCAGAGAGCAGUAGUUCUCCAUGGACGACCAAAAGUCCAAAUCUCGUAGCUCGUCUCAUGGGUCUUGACAUAUUGCCUGAUAAUUUUUCUCCCUGUUCUUCCUUCUCCUCUUCAACCCAUAUUGUGAGAUCGAAUUCACUAGGCAGGCCUUACCACCACCAGCUGCUUCAGGAGAGAAAUGCCUGUGCAGCGGUUAAAAGAGACAUUCGAUCUCGGCGACCACUUCAAAGUAGAACCAAUUUCAUAGACUCUGAGGUGGCAGGGACCCGUUCUUUGCCAGACACACCUCGCAUAUCGUCGGCCAGAAGAUCAGACGUGGAACACAGACUCUCUCUUCAAAUCAACAAAGAAAACCUUCUCCCCACAGAGGAUUUUGGUUACAUUGGUCGAGUCUCUAGAGACUCAGUCCCCUGCUCGCCCUACUCAACUAAGUCGAAGAGAAAAGAAUGGCGACAUGACGACGAGAACAGAAGUCCCAGGCACUACGCUCGUCAGAUAGUGAAGCAAGUCAAAGAAAGAGUUGGUAGAAAGAUUGGUCUGGAUAUAAUAAACACCACAUCCACAAGAACCAGAGCCAACGAAGGAGAAAACGCUCUCACUACCAAAUCCAAGAAAACAAGGCGACUCACAAAACAAGCAGAUGAGUCGAGCCCGAGCAAGCACUCAACACCAACAUGCUCACCCCGGCUCCGAUUCAUGGAGACCACCAAAUCAGCAGGCAUGAUCACAUCUUCACCCACCCAUGAACAUCAAACCUCACACUCUCCCCGACCUUACCGCCCCAGCUCACCGCCUUCACCAUGCCCACCACCACUACAAUCAACAGUGCAGUCGUCAUCACUAUCGUCCUCAGCAAGCGUAUGUGCAGAUAAUCAGCUGCAGUCACCCAAAGCUGCUAAUGCUGCUGCUGCUGCGUCAAAGCCAAAGCCAAAGCCUCUACCUUUACGGCAGCAGACAGCAAACAAGUGCAAGAAGGGCAGCAGUACUGAACGCUUCACUCAACGUCUGAAAAAGCCUCCGCAGGCCACAGAGACAAUUCGGAACGUGCGAGAGGGAGCGCUAACUCGAGAACCACCAAACAAAGCAAAUGUCUCAGAAAAGAAAAACAACAAGACACCAUUAUCGAACGACUUCGUCAAUAUCACCGUACCCUCCUUUGUUCCAUUCAAUAAAGAACAACAACCACAGCAACCAUCUUCACAGGCACCGGUUGUACACAGAAUAGCCCAAGAUUCAAAACGGUGUUCACAGUUAUCUAGUGGUUCGAGCCUGACGUACGAGAGCCACAGGCAGGAGCAGUCGCUCGUUCAUCAAGACGACAAUAACAACAACAACGACAGCAGCAACGGUGGCGAUGCCGAAUUCGAGUACGUAUUUAAAAUACUGAAACGUACGGGAAUCGACAGAGAUACUCUGGUUUCUUUCACAAGAUGGUUCUCUCCCUCUCACCCUCUCGAUCCGUCCAUCUUUCACCACCUCGAACAGUCUUAUCUUCAAGACAAAGAGAACCCCAACAACUUUCUUCUUCUUCUUCAUCUUGGAGGUGAAAGUGGUGGAGGUGGUGGUAGUCCGUUAAAACAUCGAUGGAACAGAAAACUGUUGUUCCACCUGGUGGACGAGAUUCUCGGGGACGUUCUGAGGCCGUUGCUGAACACGAAGCCAUGGCUCAGCUGCAUCUGCAUCGACAAUGGAGGUGACUGCACAUCACCGUAUUCAGUCAUGACUGGGUCCCAGCUCUUGGAUCGACUCUGGACUCAGAUCAGGAGCUAUCCCUGCGCCAACUGCCAGGUACUCCAAGACAUCGACGCAUUGAUCGACAAGGACUUGCCCCACACUAACGUGCGCACAGUGCUUCCGUUUUCCGAGGAAGGGGAGUCGAUCGUAUUCGAGAUCGAACGGGAUAUUCUCGACUCCCUGGUUCAUGAAACCGCUGCUGUCUCCUUCGCCCUCUUCUAGUUGUCAGUUCGUCCCCCAUGAUGACGUCACACCACCCCUCAAACUCCGUACGUGAGCGGCCGGCCGCACAAUGAUGAGAAGUGAGAGAGAGAGGGAGUGUGUGUGGGGACGACACCCUCUGACGCACCCCACAUGAGCAUUCACGUGAGGAGAUACCAUUCGCCGCUCGUUCGCUCGCGUGGGGCCCAUGCCCCAAUUGCCACGUGAAAUUUUUUUAGAUGAACACUUCUACUUCUACUCUCGAGUCUCGUCGCUCCUCACCUUUCUUGGGCUUGGCUCGUGUUCACUUUCGCUCCACGGUGGAUAACAAUGCCACGUCAUUAACUUUAAGAUUCUUUCGACGGGCCACGUGGUUAAGAUAUCUGCUGUCGAAAGGCGUGAAAGGCAGAGAUUAUCGCUCCCAAACGAGACAGACACGGAAUCGAGAAUCUUACUUCAGAGAUCCGUUUCUUCUUCAAAAGGAGAAAUUGAAAAGCAGGAAAAAGGAGAAGGGCGCCCCAGAGAGAAUCAAUCCCAAUUAUUCUUUUAUUCUAUUGAAAAAAUUGGGGUUUAAAUAUCGAAUAACGUCUCUCGAUGGAUGUCAGGCUCAGUGAUGAGUGAACUAAGAGUAUUAUAAAAAAAAUUGAAUUGAUGAGGGAGAGAGUGUGUAUGUGAGAGAGAGAGAGAGGAAGUCCUCCAGUCCAGUCCAGAGACAGAAGCAGAGCAAGAGGGAAUCAUUAGGUGACGACUGAUGUACGUGGGAGAUGCAUCUUACCUUGACCUGUGGAAGUGGGUCACCUGUCAGUUCAGCCCAUCCUCUCGGUCUGAGGUGAGUGAUGAAGCCCACCUUCACUGACGACAGACCAGGGUAAGACUGAGAGCUUGGCGUUAAUAGAUUCAUUUAGGUUUUACUUAGCAAUAAAAAUAGCGCUGUAAUGUUAUGUGGCAGUCGGUAGUAGAAGAGCUUGAGCGGGAAAUUCAAAUGUAUUAUGUACAAAUAUAUAUUUUAUAUGCAUGUACAAAAUGAAGCAAACCAUGUAAACAAAAAAAGAAUUAUGGCUUAACCCACAUGUGAUGAUGGGUUGUAUUAUAUUAUUUGAUCUUUUGUGGAAAAAGGAUCUAGGCUGUGCUGUGGGUCUGUGUUUCAUGCCCUUUUUAAUUUCAUUUUCUGUCUUUGGUUGAGAGGGAGGCA